CCGGUGUCUCGAAGACAGUGACUGGAAAUAUCUCAUCUCUCAGUUGGAUAGAAUUGAGAGUUUCAGAGAAGAAUUGCAGAACAAGGGGAGUGAAGAGCAGCAAGCCUUUCUGUUGUACACAGCUCUGUCUGCCAGGGAGGAAUGUAAGCAUGUGCAGUCAGAUGAUGCCAAUAUUACAGCUGUGUUGCAGAUGUUGUGUAAACAAUUGAACCAAGAGAUGCUUCCACGGGUUCGUGAAGCUAUAAUGACAAACAAUAGAACCAUUAUAACAGAUGCGAAACUUAUGAAAGAAACAUUACAAAGUUUGUCAAGCAAAGCAAUCCCGGGACCUCAAUUGAGUGAAUCACUGUCAGAAUUUGGUGAUAGCUUUCCUUGCCAGAACACAGCAUCUCCCAGUGAUCUCAAUGACAUCCAGACUGGCCCAUCCAAUUCAUCGAAUAGUGGACCUCCCCCAAAGAUGCUAACUGACCUGGGAUUGCUUGAUUACUAUCCGAGGAAACUUUCCCUGAGGCAGAUGCGAGGGAUCAGCGCUGAUAAAUUAAAGGACAUUAAACCCACUGGACCUGAAGGAAUCCCCUGGCACUUUCUCCAGAGAGUCCUGAUGGCUAAUUCAACAGCGAGGAAUCCUGACUGGCCGCUCAUCCAACAGCUGGAAAAUCGCUUGGAUGUUGAUGAGGAUUUUGCUGAUUUCUUUGAGGACAAAAAAAGACAAGUAACCGGAAUUAAUCCACUGGAUGUCACAGUUGCUACUUUUCUCUGUGCAGAUCACUUCCUGAGGCAGGAGCUGAUGCUCAAAAUGUCCCUGUGCCAGUUUGCAUUGCCUUUUCUGCUGCCAGACGGGGACACUGCCAUCUUCCUCCUCUGGGCCAUGCGCUCCAUUGUUAAACAGUGGCGCCCGCAGUCUCUAGUGGGCAAUUGUGGGUUUGUAGAGGAUAACAUUGUGACCUCAGCCUUGCCAACCUUCUCCUUUAUCAGACUGGGACGGUGCACUGUCUCCAAAUCGAAAAUCCUGAAUCUCACCUUGAGCCGCUCCGAGCAGCAGCAGAAUUUCUUCCUGCACUCCCAGAUGGAAUACAGUGACCAGCCCCGGGAAAUGUCUGAUGGACUGGUUGAGAUCUGCUGGUAUCUGCCUUGUGGGAAGGUGAACCUGGAUAUCUUGCCGGAGGCCUGCGCAUUUAUUAACCUCCGUGGUGAGGGUAAAGCUCACCAGAAACAGGCUCGGUUCCUCGCCAAAGUCUCCAAUGCUCUCUUUGUUUUCAUUGACGUUGUUGGUGAAGAGGAAAGAGAGUUUCUGACUUCUCUCACACCAUCACCUACACAAUUUUUCCUUAUAACAAACUCCAGCGGCAAUGAGCAGAAAGUCACCCCGCAGCAGAUGAGGGAACUGUUCAAAUCCCUGAAUUUGCAGAGUCACCAGCUGCUGGUACGGAAGGACAAGAACGAUGCCCAGUUCGUGGAAAUCCUUCGCUCCAAAAUCAAGAGCCUCCUCACACUCGGGGAAGUGGGGCAGCGAGGGCUGGAAGAAAUGGCUAUAGUAGCGAGGGAAAGCGGGAUUUGCAUUGAUGAAGAUGAGCCUGAAAUCAACCGAGGGAAACAACUGGCCAACAAUAUACUGAUAGACAUUCACUCCAGAGACAUUGCAGAGUAUAAACAAACGGCGCUACCCUUUCAGGGAAAGCUCUGGCAAGAAUGGUCCAAAGCUGAGAAAGAGAAGUGCCGAAUGAAACACUGCCAGAAUAAGCCCAUGGAGCUGUACGGACAUGAAUUGAAUCAAAAGCAAAAUCAGAUCCGCAAAAUCCAGAGUGAGAAGAAUGUGAGUGAGGAGAUGAAACAGUUCAUUGCUGCCCUGAAGAAAACCUCUGAGGCCGAGCAGGGCUUUUUUAUGCAAUGGCUGAAGUUGGGCCUGGACAGAAAAUCGCGACAAAUUAUAUCGAAGCUUCGGGUUCAAUCUAAAACACUACAUAAAAAUUCCAAGGAAUCAAGUACAGAGUUGAAUGAGUUGGAUCAGAAAAUAGCUGACAGCUCCCUGGGGCUAGAGCACUUCAUGCGAGAACUCAGUCAGAUUUACGAGAUUUGCGCUACUCUGGGUAAAGAGAGGAUUUCAGAAAAUACAUUGAGUAUGUUACCUGGUGUAGCUGCUGAUCUGAUGCUGGGUGGGUUCCCUCUGGAGCUCAUUGAUGGAGAUGUCUCCAAUAUUCCUAUGCAGUGGGUGACUGCGGUGUUGAAGGGAGUUACUAGGAGGGUGGGAAAUGAUUGCCGUAUAUUUGUGUUGACGGUGCUUGGUGUGCAGAGCACAGGGAAGUCCACACUCCUGAACACAAUGUUCGGAUUGCAGUUUGCUGUAAGCAGUGGUCGGUGCACACGUGGUGCUUACAUGCAACUCAUUAAACUCACAGGCGGCCUGGAGACUGAACUGGGCAGUGAUUUCAUCCUGGUGAUCGACACCGAGGGGUUGAAAGCCCCAGAGCUGGCAAGUCUCGGGGACAGCUAUGAGCAUGACAAUGAGCUGGCCACGUUGGUGAUUGGACUCAGUGAUGUGACCUUAGUGAAUAUGUCCAUGGAAAACUCCACAGAAAUGAAGGAUAUUCUGCAAAUUGUGGUCCAUUCGUUCAUUCGCAUGAGGGCAACGGGGAAAAAGCCAAUUUGCCAAUUUGUUCACCAGAAUGUGGCUGGCGUGUCAGCUCAUGAUCAGACCCUGAGAGAUCGACAGAAACUCCUGAAACAGCUGGAUGAGAUGACAGAGGCUGCUGCUCGGAUGGAGAAAUUGCAGCGAGUCACGUUCUGCGAUGUGCUGGACUAUGACACUGAUAGGAACAAUUGGUAUAUCCCUGGGUUGUGGCACGGAGUCCCUCCAAUGGCAGCAGUGAACACUGGCUACAGUGAACAUGUCUUUGAGCUGAAGAAAUCUCUUUUCACUUGCUUUUCAAACUGCAACAAAAAGCAAAAGGCUUUAACAAUCCCCAACUUCAUCAAAUGGAUGUCUGGCCUCUGGGACCAGAUCAAACAUGAAAAUUUCAUUUUCAGCUUCCAGAACAGCUUGGUCGCUGAGGCUUACAGUCAGCUCUCCAGGAACUACUCAGCCUGGGAUUUGGAGAUCCGGACAUUUGCCCAUACCUGGACAAUUGAGACUGAAAACAGAAUAAAGAACACAAACACUGAGGAAUUCCCUCAUCAGUCCCUCACCCUGGAGAUCACCACAAAAAUGGAGGAAAAGAAGAAUGAGAUCCUCAACAAACUUGAGGAGUACUAUGAAAGCAGAGAUCAUAACGUCCACCUCAUGGAAUCUUACAGGGAGCAAUUUCGAAUAAGUAUCCAGUCUUUGUGCAGCCAACUUCAGAAUGAAUCAACACAGAAAUGUGAAGAGGUUAUCCGAAGACGUGAGGCAUUGGAUAAAGUGGAUAAGAUUUGGGAUGAAUAUAAUAAGCAAAUCGAGGAUGAAGUGAUGAUACUUUUGCAAUACUGCAAAAAAGAUGGGAAGGAGAUGGAUGAUUGUAAACUUGAGGAGGAGUUCAAAAGGAUGUGGCAGAGAACUCUCGAGAAGCUGAGCUACCGACCCUCUAAAGAAACAAAUAUUGAGGCUGAUGUUGAAAAUCUCCUGAGAAAGAACAUGCCAACACAGGGGAAAGUGAUCAGUGAGGCUCUGAGGGGGAAAGUCCUUUCAAAACUGGGGCUUCACAUGUUUGAUGUGAAGAAGAAACAUAUUGAUCAGAAAAUAGGGAUCAACAUGCUUGUGGGAUUCAUAGUAGAAACUUCAGAAGUUAAAAAGGCAAGAUUGCUGUCAAAGUGCCUGGAGGAAGAAUGUAAAGAAGACAUAGAUAGUAUCACAAAAAAGGACGUGGAUUACGACAGUAAAUAUUGUGUUGACAUUUUGUGGAACUUGGACAAAAAUAUAGAAAACAAUUCAGAACCGGAGUUUAAGAUGAGUGAAAUUUAUAAGGCGGAAUUCAAGCUCCACAUGUGUGGCUACGCUGCUCAAAAAUUCAAAGUCAUGCACAACGUGUUUGUCAACAAGCACAACCCAUGGAAGAGGAUGGAAAAUAUGGAGAAUCAAUACUUUGAGCUUUUCAAGCAGAUUUACACAAAGCAGGACAUGACUGAAAAAGGAGCAGAAAGAUUUGCCAAGAAUUGUUUCAUUCCGGCCGUCAGGGAAGCCAUUCUCAACUGUCUCGGGCACAGAAUUGUGCUUGACAUGAAAAAAAAUGAUUCCAGCGGGGAGUACAGCAAUCGCAAUAGCUUCACUGUGGCUCUGCUCGUCCACCUAAAACAGCAGGACAAAUUUGACCAAUAUCUUAAUUACAUCAACCACUUUAAGAGUUUUGCAAACAAUUGGCUUCGUGGUCAGGUUAUCAAUUACUGCAACACGAAAACAAAUGGAGAUACCAAAUUUAUACAUUUAGCAAAAGUUCACCUCAAGGAGAUCACUAAUGAAGCUAAAGAGAUUGUCAGGGAAGCGAUCGCUCAGAAUGUAUCAGGUGAAGCCAGAAGCUUCCUUGACUUGUUUGUCGAUAAGUUGAAGGCAAAACUCGCAAUGCCCAAAGACAGCCUGAAGCUUGUUGUUUUCCAGCCUGCCAGCAAGGCCGGGAAUUUUGCAAAAAUGGUCCUGCCACAUAUCCAGGAGGCGGAAACCUCUCUCCUCCAGGAGCUCACAACAUGGAAUGUCAAUGCAAUGAUUGAGCAGCUUCCUGUGAAACCCCAUGAGGAAAUAUUGAAAAAACUUAUUAGUUGCAACAAAAAAUGCCCUUUCUGUCAAGUCUGUUGUGAAAUAGAAACGCUUGGCAAUCAUCAGCAUUUCAGUAACCAGCACAGACCUACGGGACUCAAUAGACAUCGCUGGUCGAAUAAUAAGCAUCUUGUGAUGGACAUUUGCACUGCUUCAGUAGCAAGCAAUUGUAAAUUCAGAAACUCAGACACAAACGAACAGUGGGUGAAAUACGAGGACUAUUGUACAGUAAAUGAUUAUUACAAAUCCUGGAUUAUCCAAAAAUCUCCCAGUGCGGAGGCAGCAUCUUACUGGAAAAAAGUUUUCCACAUCUUUAAUCAGGAUUUUGCUAAACACUAUAAUGCGGAACCUGCCGACAUCACUGAUGCCUGGAACAUACCAUGGGACAGGGUGAAGGACGAUCUUAACAAAACCUACUAUGUGUCCUUGAAAUUUCUGUAGGGAAAGUCUACAGGAGAGGACCUGGGUUCAAUUCCUGGGCAAA